AUGCUUAAUGGGAUCAAUUUCAAGGAUGGGAAAAAGAAUUUACUUAUAGUUCUGGGAUGUAUGGAUUUAGAUCAUGCAAUAAGGAAUGAACAACCUGCACCUCUCACUAACAAAAGUUCCCAUGAUGAUAAAAGGGAAUUUGAGAAGUGGGAUCGUUCAAAUCGCAUGAGUCUAAUGAUUAUGAAACACAACAUUCCAGAAGCCUUUUGGGGCACAUACUCUGAAGGGGUUACUAUGGCUAAAAAUUUUCUUGAACAAAUUGAGGAACAUUUUACUAAAAACGAUAAGGUUGAAAUGACAACACUUCUUGGUUCUUUAAUGAGCAUGAAGUAUAAGAGUCAAGAAAAUGUAAUGGAAAUGCAUCAUAUUGUCUCAAGAUUAAGGACACUUAAGAUUGAGCUUUCGGAUGAUGUACUUGUACUCAUGGUUUUGUUAACGCUUGCUCCACAGUUUAACCAAUUUAAAAUUAGUUACAACUGCCAAAAGGAGAAAUGGACUCUCAACGAGCUCAUUUUCCAUUGUGUGCAAGAGGAAGAAAGGUUAAAAAAGGAUAAAACUGAAAGUGCUCACUUGGCCAUGACCCCUAAGGAUAAGGGCAAGAAAAGAAAAUUUGAGAAUGAAGUUGCUAAGGGUCCAGUUUAA